GAAAUUGAAAUUACAAAGUCUUUUAGGGUUCGUUUUGUAUGUACAAACAUGUGAACGCUAGACAGGUGGUAUUUGAUUAGUUACCGGACGCUGGUAUUUAGAUCUACCGCUGUUCUAGAUCGUUUGAUGAGACCACGUUUUAUUUUCACAUUUGAUAUGAAUCUAAAUGUAAGCCGCGCCUUACCGGAAGACCACCCUAAUUCAUUAAACAGUGGCUAAAGGCUUUUUUUAUACGACUCAGAGGAGAUUCUAAUUUUAGUUUACAACGAAAAUAGUGCAACCCUUGGUUCACAGCAAUGGAACGCUACAAAGCGGAAACCUUAUUUUUCAUGUUCAUCUGGCUAAAUGCUCCAGUGUGUAUCGCGGUACAAUUUCUUCAGUACCCGGAGUCUCUUACAGUCGCUCCAGGACAGACUGUGAACAUUACUUGCGCUCUGAAGAACCAGACUGGAUUGCCGGUGUUUGUAUACCACUGGUACAUGAAAUCAGCACACCAGGAGAAGAGAUCUUUCAAAGAAGAGCCCCUCGAAGAAAACAGCAGAAUAUCUAUUUUCCAGAGUGAAAAUCACAGCUACGAAAUCCUCACCAUCCGUAAUGUCAGCGCGUACGAUGAAGGAGAGUAUAGCUGUCAUGUACAUUUUUACAGAGCUGCGAAAGACCAGAUUGUGAACAAAAUAUUACUUUUUGUGAAAGCUACCCCAGAAAUCCGACUCCUCGCUCGCUCAGUGAAGCAGCGUGGACGAUCCCUGAUUUGCAGCGCCAUGGGUUUUUACCCUUCUGAUCUGAACCUGUCCUGGGUUUACUCCCCAUCCCGGGAACCAGUAAUUGAGAAACAAGGAUCAUUCAUGCUGAAUUCGGAUGGGACCUAUAGCAAGAACUCCAGCCUGCAGUUUGAAAACGGAGUGUGGAACACUGGCACUGAAAUCACAUGUCUAGUGAGUCACACAAGAAUCAGCUAUGCAGUGAGCUCCGAGGCGGAGAGGAGUGAUUCUGUGACUCUCACCUGCAGCGCUCUGAGUCCCUACCCUCCACGCGUGACCCUGUCCUGGGAUUCACCUCCUGGGGGACCCCCCUCUUCACAACAGGGACCCCCCUUGUUAAUCCAGGACGGCAUUUACAAUACAAGCACCAGCCUGCAGGUUGAACAGUCUCGCUGGGACGAAGACUUUGAGGUUGCGUGUGUGCUGAAGCCGAGGCUAAACGACGAGACAAUCAUCGAUGACGGUAACCAUGGCAAAUGGUAUUACUGCUCCCUGAUUGGACUCGUGUUCGUGGUGCCUCUGGUGGCAUGCGGUCUGAAACGCUGGUGCAGAAAACCCCAACACCUGCCAGCAGAUCAGAAAACCCAUAGAAGAAACGACAAUGGAGAUGGGAAGUCACAGUGUGGAGAUGACCUACAUUACACUACCAUCCAGUACAAAAAACAAAAAGAUAGGAAACCGCAAAGUAACUCAAAGCAGGAGCGAGGUGAUGGGGAGAUUGUUUACUCGCCUGUCAGGAUGCGGGGCGGAAAUGAUCAGGUCAGUGAAAGCAUCGUGUACGCAGCGCUGGAGCUGCAGAGCAGAGCCCCCACCAGAGCUGUGGCUGACCGCGACCGUUCCACUGAGUACGCUGCUGUAAAGCGCUGAGGCGCACACGGGACCCCGUUUCGAACAACAAAGCGAUGCAGCCCUUCACACUUCAGAGACUAAAAGAAGCCAAGCCAAACAAAUAUUUCCACCCUGACGUCAUCAGCAGCCCUGAAUUGCCACUCGUUUCUUUUAGUUUUACUGACAUGCUAUUGAAUGCACUUUCAUCUAGAGCGCAUUCUUCUGUGUGUUGCUUUUAGUGAUGUCCGAUAUGGAUUGUAUCUUGUGAUGUAACCCACUUGCUUUAGUUUGGUAUUUUAUUCAGAAAAACUAAUUUUUACAUUUCUUUAUAAAGUUAUAACUUUAUAAAUGCAACUCUUUCAUAAUCUGUAUCAUUAUAAAAGCAUGGUAUCUUAGCCAUUCUUCUCAAUCUCUUCUAAAGUUCACUAUUAUCUAUAAAUGGAAACUUCUAGACUCUUCAUUAGCAAGUCAAUGCAGACAAUCUGAUUGAAACCCAAAGUGACGAAACUGGUAUUAAAAACUAUGUAAAGAUAUGCAGGCCUGUCUAAUCGUUUUCUCUGACUCUUUCAAAGUGACAUAAACGAGUGUGAAGAGAUGAGAAGCAGAUACAUGAAGGAGACCAAACCGGCA